AGCGGGGUGCCCGGGAUGCCGCGGCCACCGCUGCCGCGGGACGGGUUCGGGUCCGCGUCGCGCUCCGUGAGCGCGGGGAGCUGGGCUGCCCGGGGCGCGGCGGCUGCAGCGGGAGCUCCCUGAGUGCCCGCUCGCCAUGUCCAGGAAGAAGACCCCCAAGACCAAGGGGGCCAGCGCGCCCGCCGCCUCCGCGCUGCCCGCCGCCAAUGGGUCCCGGCCCGCGCGCCCUGGGACUGCGCGACCUGUCCCCCAGGCGCGGCCCAACGGGCCCCCGCAGCCCGGCCGGCCCUCGCUUGGCGGGGGCGACUUCUACGACGUCGCCUUCAAGGUUAUGCUGGUGGGGGACUCAGGUGUGGGGAAGACCUGCCUGCUCGUGCGCUUCAAGGAUGGGGCAUUCCUGGCGGGGACCUUCAUCUCCACUGUGGGCAUCGACUUCCGGAACAAAGUUCUGGAUGUGGACGGCAUGAAGGUGAAGCUGCAGAUCUGGGACACAGCAGGCCAGGAGCGGUUCCGCAGCGUCACCCACGCCUACUACCGCGACGCCCAUGCACUGCUGCUGCUCUAUGAUGUCACCAACAAGGCCUCCUUUGACAAUAUCCAGGCCUGGCUGACUGAGACCCAGGAGUACGCCCAGCAUGAUGUGGUGCUUAUGCUGCUGGGGAACAAGGUGGACUCUGCCCAGGAGCGUGCGGUCAAGAGGGAGGAUGGGGAGAAGCUGGCCAAGGUGAGCCAGGGCAGGGUGGGUGGCCAGCGGUGUCCCUGGGGUCCAGGGCUCGGGCUGUCCCCACCAGGCUGCCACCUGGCUGGCAGCACCUGUUUGCAGGAGUACGGGCUGCCCUUCAUGGAGACCAGUGCCAAGACAGGCCUCAAUGUGGACUUGGCCUUCACCGCCAUUGCAAAGGAGUUGAAGCAGCGCUCCAUGAAGGCCCCCAGUGAGCCCCGCUUCCGGCUGCACGACUAUGUCAAGAGGGAGGGCCGAAGCACCUCCUGCUGCAUACCCUGAACUUGGGAGGGCCCUGCAAGGCUGGAUGGAGGCUCCACAGCCCCCGCCCCCCCAUUCAGUCAUCCCGCACUCAUCCUCGGAUAUCCGUUCCUGGGACCCCCAGACGGAGUCUUGCCUUUCCCAGAGGCUAAGGCCCAAGAGGCUUUAAGGAGCCAGUGGGUCUGCGCCCCCUUCACCUGCUGCUGCCUGAGGGCCUUGAAGGAAAAGCAAGGGUCUUGGGUACAGGAGGGAGCAGCCAGUGCAAGUCCCUCUGCUGCCCCCUCCUGGACACGCCUGGCCUUGAGGCCGGGCCCCAGCGCCUAACCCCUAGAGAAAGCCAUGUCUUUGGCUGCACAUGCUGUCCAGGCAGGGAAAGCCAGGACUCCUGCCCGUGCCUGGGCCUGAGGGUGGCACCGCAAACCAUACCAUGCAUUUGUGCCCCAAGGACCAGAGCCACCUGCUUCCAGCUCACACACUAGGAGACUCUGGUUCCAACGUCAACACGGACCUCCUUUCUUUCUACCUUGGAGAAUGCCAAGGUUGGGGCUUUGUAAUAGAUGAACAGCAUGUGGGAAAUCACAGAAAGUCAGGGAAACUAGAACCGCCAGCCCCACCGAGACCUUGCGUGGUGAAGUCAGGCCAGGGGCUGGUAGUGCGCUCCAUGUUGUACUCAAAUUUUCAAGUCUAUCUUUAGAUUAAUAAGCUUUGUUUUCAGUCCUAGUGAAUAAAGUUUUGUUUUCUGG